UGUUUGAGAAAGAAGAACGAAUACAAAACAAAAUAAAAGCGCGCGGAAACAUCGAAAAUUUGUGCAUCUUUUCGUCUGAAAAAUAACAUCUAGUUUGCUCAAGCUGCGAACUUAAUAAAUUUUAUUAAAUUUGUUUAUACUAUUGUGAUGCUUUGCAGCAAAAUGUCAGGGAAUAGAUCACCUCUUAGAAAAAGUUUGGAUGGACGUAGCCACAACUCGUCUGGGUCGUCUAUUGUUUCAUUUCAUGGUACCUGGGCACAAGAAAUUGGAAAUGAUGAGCAGGAUAAGUCUAGUCAUUCGAUAAAUAAUAGCGUAGAAAUGCAGAGCCGAAGUUGUCAAGAGGAGGAAAUGAAAUCAAUGGAGCACUCCUCUUCCCAAGACCGUGAAAUAUCAUUAGAAUUCAUUGAUGGGGCUAAUGAAGAAAAAUUUGAACGUCUAGUAAAAGAGGAUAAAAUAAAAACACCUUUUAAAAGGCGUCAUUCGCAAACACCAAGUAGCGGCAGCCGAUCAAACAGUCCUAAUGAUUCGAAUAGUGAUAAUGCCGCUACUGAAGAUAAAAGCAGAAAAGAAUUUCAGCACACAAAUAACUGGAAUAAAAAUCAAUACGAAGCACAGAAACGUCAACGAUACAAUAGUCAUGGAUCCAGUACAUCGUCUAAGAGUAAGGAGAGAGAGCAUGAUCCGGCCGUGUUAGCGCGUCGUCAAAAGCAAAUUGAAUAUGGUAAAAAUACUGUGGCCUAUGAGCGUUAUAUCGAUUUGGUGCCGAUACGCAAACGUACACGCAAUCACCCUCGUACCCCUGAUAAGUAUGGAAAAUAUAGUCGACGAACUUUCGAUGGCCUCAUAAAAGUGUGGCGCAAGCAACUACAUUACUAUGAUCCCGAACCUGCUGCUGGUACGGCAAAUAAUGGUGAUGAUGACGAUGAUUCUGAUUAGUUACAAUGCAAACAUACUCACAUACAUACACAUUUUCAAAAGAGAAUACAAAAAUUGUUUUCUACAUGUUUUCAUGUUACUCUAUAAUCUCUGUUGUAAAGAAGGCUCUGUUAUGUUGUAGCAUAUUAGGUACUAUAAUUUAUAGAUUUAAGCUAUAUUUAAAUAUAUAAUAUGUGGAAAACAAGAUAGAUGUUUGAAGUGUGUAAAAGGAGAAAAAAAUUGAAGUUCCAUUAAAAUAUUUUCCAUUUAUUUAAGUAAAGUCGACUUAAUGUUUCUAUGUAUGUAAAUCUUUAUUCGUUUAUAGUACUGGCUGCCGACUUAUAAACGCUUUAUAUUUUUUUGCUAUAAUUGAAAUUGGUUAAUUUAAGCACAAAUCGUUUUCACCUUUCCCCUCCUUCAGAGCAAAUAGAAUAAAUUAUACAUAUUGAAAAAUAUAAAUUCAAAUACAA